UAAUAAUGACAAAAAAUGGACAUACCAAUGCGGCCUAUGUUGCAGAUGUGUCGGAUAAACCAUCCAAAAAGUAUUCACUGGAGUUGGCGGAGAAGGGUGAUAAAUAUGCCAUAAAGUCAAAUGGUAUCGAUGAAUAUGAUCCGUUUCAACAUCGUAAGGUUGAGCAUCCCACAACCAAUGCCGAGACUAUGUUUCACUUUUUAAAAGGCUCUCUGGGUACCGGUAUAUUGGCCAUGCCAAAUGCUUUUAAAAAUUCUGGCUAUGUAUUGGGCGCCAUUGGCACCAUUGUGAUUGGCGCAAUCUGCACCUAUUGCAUACAUCAGCUGGUUAAGGCCGAAUAUGAAUUGUGUAAACGUAGAAAAGUCCCUGCUAUGGGCUAUACCAAAGUUGCCGAAGAGGCUAUGAAUGAAGGUCCAGCGAUAUUCCGUAAAUGUGCCCCCUACAUUGGCACAAUGGUGAAUACGUUUUUGUUAAUCUAUCAAUUGGGUACCUGUUGCGUAUAUGUGGUCUUUGUUGCGUCCAAUAUUAAAUCGGUUGCAGAUUAUUAUCUCGACGAGCCGGUGGAUGUACGCCUGUGCAUGCUGAUCAUUCUGUUGCCAUUGAUUUUAAUUAAUUACGUUCGUAAUUUGAAAUAUUUAGCUCCAUUCUCAACAUUGGCCAAUGCCAUAACAAUGGUGUCAUUCGGUAUUAUCUGUUAUUAUAUUUUCCGUGAUCCCCUUAGUACCGAAGGUAAAGAAGCAUUUGCUCCGGUCAGUGGAUUUCCGUUAUUCUUUGGAACUGUACUAUUCGCUCUAGAGGCUAUUGGUGUUAUUCUCCCCUUGGAAAAUGAAAUGAAGACGCCCAAUAAAUUUGGUGGUUCCUGUGGUGUACUCAACAUUUCUAUGGUCUUUAUUGUAUUCCUCUAUGUUGGUAUGGGUCUUUUCGGUUAUCUCAGCUAUGGCGAUGAAAUUGAGGGUUCCAUUACUCUCAAUUUACCAGCAAAGGAAGUUUUGGCUCAAUGUGUCAAGGGAAUGUUGGCAUUUGCCAUUUUCAUAACCCACGGUCUGGCCUGUUAUGUAGCCAUUGAUAUCACCUGGAAUGAUUAUGUUGCCCGUAAAUUGGGACCACAGCGUUCGAAAAUAUUCUGGGAAUAUGUUGUACGAACCCUUUUGGUGUUGGUUACAUUUUUAUUGGCUGUGGCUAUACCAAAUUUAGAAUUAUUCAUUUCCCUAUUUGGUGCUUUGUGUCUGUCAGCAUUGGGCUUAGGUUUCCCUGCCUUAAUUCAAAUUUCUACACAUUGGUAUAAUACACAUGGAAAGGCUAAAGUGUGGUUGAUUUUGAGCAACACUGUAUUAAUAAUUGUCGGCGUCUUGGGCUUGGUAAUCGGUACCUACACAUCAUUGGCUGAAAUUAUAGCAACGUUUAUUGAAUAA